CUCGAAGGUUACAGGAGGCCCUUCAGUAUUCGUUGUGCAUUCCGUCCGUGAAGAUGCUGGGUGCGGCGUCUCCGUUUCGUCGACUGUCGGGUGUCGUGAGGCCGGCGAUCCCGAGGGGAUUCGUGGCGGGUCGGUUCGUCAGAGGGGUCAGCACCGAGGUGCCGGCGAUGCCGCAUUGCGACUUCCACCCGUCGUCAUUCCAAGGACCAUCGUUGGAGAACGAUUUGGAAUUUCGUCGACAGCAUCAGAUACCAAAUAUGAUGACCACCGCUUAUUACAAGAAACCCGUUCGUGUGCAUCAAGGACACAUGCAGUGGCUGUGGGACACGGAAGGGAAUCGGUACCUGGACAUGUUCGGGGGGAUCGUCACCGUCAGCGUCGGGCAUUGCCACCCAAAAGUGGUGCAGGCCGCGAAAGACCAGCUGGACCGGCUGUGGCACACCACCCACAUUUACAUCCAGCCCACCCUCAAGGAAUACACCGAGAAGCUUCUUGCCAAGAUGCCCGGUGAUCUCAAGGUGUGCUUCCUGGUGAACAGCGGAUCCGAGGCGAACGACCUCGCCAUGUUCAUGAGCCGCGUCCACACGGGCGCCUUCGACAUCGUGGGCUUCAGGAACGCCUUCCACGGGAUGUCGCCCUAUGUCAUGGGCCUCACGGCGCUCUCCACCUGGAGGCAUCGCUUACCGAGUGCCUUUGGCAUUCAUCACACGGUAAACCCAGAUCCAUACCGAGGGCCUUGGGGUGGGAAGGCCUGCAGGGAUUCUUCGAUCCAGACGACUCGGAAAUGCACCUGUCAAGAGGGAGAGUGCCAGGCGGAGGACAAGUACGUGGAGCAGGUGGAAGACCUCUUCCGGUAUUCCAUCGCUAAGGGCAACCUGGCUGCCUUCUUUGCCGAAUCCAUUCAAGGUGUCGGAGGCACGGUGCAGUAUCCCAAGAAUUUUAUCAAACGCGUCUACGAGCUCGUGAAGAAUCACGGCGGAUUGUUCGUAUCCGACGAGGUCCAGACGGGGUUCGGCCGGACCGGCGACCACUUCUGGGGCUUCCGGGGCCACGGCAUCACCCCCGACAUCGUGACCAUGGCCAAGGGGAUCGGGAACGGGUUCCCCCUCGCGGCCGUGGUCACGACGAAGGAAAUCGCCGCGUCCGUGGGGAAGGCGGCUUACUUCAACACGUUCGGGGGGAACCCGGUCGCGUGCGCCGUCGGAUCUGCCGUCUUGGACGUGAUCAAAGACGAGAACACCCAAGCCCGUUGCUACGGCGUGGGCGCUCACUUCCUAUCGGAGCUGGCGAAGCUGCGCGAGGAGUUCCCGGAGAACGUGGGGGACGUGAGGGGGAAGGGACUCAUGAUCGGGGUGGAGAUGGUGGAGGACAAGGAGUCCAGGACGCCGCUCAAACCCGAGAGGAUGAUGGCGCUCUUCGAGGAUAUCAAGGAUAUGGGGGUUCUGCUUGGCCUCGGGGGGCUCCAUAAGAACGUGUUUCGGAUAAAACCACCGAUGUGUAUUUCGAAAGAAGAUGCGAACUUUGCCGUGCAAGUCAUGCGGGUGGCUUUGAGUCGAAUGAAGUAACUGACUGAUGACUAAUUGGUGGGGAAUGUCACCGAUCUCGACUCCUGCACGCACGUAUUUUCUUUGUUUGCCAGCACUUUUUAUUUUGUACUCAUUGUUUUUUUUUUCUCGCACAAAAUGGAUUUUGCUAAUAAAAAUGAAUGUCACGUUAAAA